UUCCGAGCCUUUGCACUCUAAUUAUGUAUGAGCACGAAAAGGGCUAUUUAUUACAGACUGACCUAUCCCUAAGACUCCUUCAAUGCUGAAACAGCGCUACUAGCUGCGCCGGCGUCGGAGUGCAAUCCAUCCAGGAUCCUGUGUGGGGGCGGCACUUGGAAAGUGCAGUGCACUCACUCAGUCUUACCGGCUCCAUGAACCGUGGCUGUAUGGGAAAAGUUACGGUUCAGGCACUUCCGGGAUGCGGCCACUGGACCUAAGCAUUUGACUGACCUCCAUCAGACGAAGCCAGGGGGCGACGAAAGGCUGGGGACCCCGCAAAGGCAUAUAUAGCGAUCUGCGACUCAUCCGCUACAAGGUCUGUAGAUCUGCAAUAUUCACAGAGACCUGUCCUGAUCACAUUGGGGCGAAGACCCUGAGCACGGUCCCAUAGAUCAGCCCAAAGCCAUGGUCAUCAAAUCAUUGGAUUUCCGCCGCUAUCGCAGCAACGAUGCGCAAGAGCGGCAACAAUUCUGUGAUGAACUGUGUGAAACGCUCUGUGUCUACGGAUUUGCCAAAAUUCGCCACUCGUCUCUUUCUAAGGAGAAGAUUGACCAGCUGUUCGAAUUCAACAAACUCUUCUUCGCUCUCCCAGACGACAUCAAAGUAAAGGCAGCGCACCCGGUUGCUCCGAAUCCCCAUCGAGGCUGGAGUGCCAUCGGCCAAGAAAGCGUGUGGCAGAUAUCUAAGUUCGAGCAAGGGCAGCAGCAGACGGAUAGUUACCAGGAAUAUCGGGAAUCCUUCGACCAAGGCGCUGCCACUGACGAGCUCUUCCCCAACCGCUGGGUUGACGAGACCGACCUCCCGGGCUUCCGCCCCUUCAUGGAGGGAAUCUACGACAACUUCCACGAACUGCACGGCCAUCUCCUGCGCGCCAUCACUGCCGGGCUCCGGCUGCCUGCGGACCAUCUCCUCGCCAAACACCAGAGCAACACCAGCGAGCUGCGCCUGCUGCACUACCCGGCCAUCCCGGCACGGUCGAUGGGGUCCGGCAAGCGCAUCGGCGAGCACUCCGACUUUGGGACACUGACCCUGCUCCUGCAGGACUCGGUGGGCGGGCUGCAGGUCGAGGACCAGCGCCAGUUAGGCAGCUUCAUCCCCGUCGAGUCGGAGGACGUGUACGAGGUGAUCAUCAACGUCGGCGACUGUCUGCAGCGCUGGACCAACAAGCAGCUGCGCUCGGCAAACCACCGCGUCUGUUUGCCGGAGGGGACCGAUGUACACUCCGGCGCGAUGCUGGCCCCUCGCUACUCGGUGGCUUACUUUGGGAAGCCGGAUCGUGAGGUCCUGGUUGAUACGCUGCCCGCGUUCGUGCGUCCCGGCUGCAAGUCGGAGUACAAUGAUCAUUUGACUGCGUUGGAAUAUAUGCAGCAGAAGCUGGUUCGCACGUAUGGCUGAGGUCUUGUUGGAGCCCGGAGCAGAAUAGCUAGGCUGAGUACAGUAUGAUUGUAGCGUUGCAACAGUGAAUUUCUCUACUUCCUUCUUGUAAUAAUAUUGUUCAUCUUCCUGUCCAUUUC